AUGACCGACCUAAAUCGAGAUAUUCUUUAUUUAAUAUUUAAAAGAUUACAAAAUGAUAAAAAGACACUUCUUUUAUGUCUUUCAGUUAAUAGAACUUGGUGUGAAGUAAUUAUACCAAUUUUAUGGAAAAAUCCAUGGAAAUAUUUGAAGAAAAAGAAGAGAUUAUUAUUAAAUGUGAUAGUUUCACAUCUUUCAAAUGAAUCUAAAAAUGAUUUAAUGAGUCAAGGAGUUGAUUUUUUAAUAGAUUGUUAUCAAAAACCUUUAUUUGAUUAUAUUAGUUUUUGUAGACAUUUAAAUUUAAAUUCGAUUAAAAAGAUAAUCAAUACUAUUAACGAAAAAUCAAAAAUUUCAAUUAUUAAAAAUGAAAUAUUGAAUCUUUUUAUCAAUGAAAGAAGAGAAUUUACACACCUUUAUAUACCUUAUCAAUUUGAUCAACAAAUAAAUCUUAUUCCUGGGGCUGAACAAUGCUUUUCAAAACUUGUAUUCCUCAGUUGUAAUACUAAUAUAAACGAUAAUGUUUUAAAUGGAUUAAUUGAAAUAUGUGAAUCAAUACAAGAAUUAGAAUUUAAUAUUGAAGUUCAAAAUAAUAAUUAUGGAAUUGUUGGAUUAAUUGAAAAUUCCAAAAAAUUAUUUAAUAUUCGUCUUUUACCCAAUAAUCAAUACGUUGGUGAUUCAUUUUGUAAAAUUCUCGAAGAUUCAUUGAUUCAACAUUCAAAUACUAUAGAAUAUUUUAAGAUAACCAAACAACCAAUCACAAAUGUUCUUUCAUCUUUUAUAAAUCUAAAAGUAUUAGAAAUGGAUUGUUAUUAUUAUUAUACUUGGAAUUGUUUGAAAAAUUUAUCCUUACCUUUUUUACAAAUAUUAAGAGCUAAAAGAGUUCCAAUUAGAGCUUUAACAAGUUUAAUUGAAAAUACGAGUGGAUAUCUUAAUGAGAUAAAUAUUGAUUGUAUAAAUCAUGAUGAAUUUGAUAAUAAAGUAAUUAUUCAAACUAUUUGUCAACAUUGUCCCAAUCUUAAAUUUCUUAAAAUGUUAUUUAGAUAUAGUGGUACUUUGGAAUUAGAAAAAUUAUUAAUUAAUUGCAAAUAUUUGGAAGGUUUAUUUAUUCUCGCUCACGAUAAUUUAUUUGAUUGGGAUAAAUUAUUUGAAAUAUUGACUAGAUCUUCCCCACCUUGUUUAUUCAAGUUUAAAUUUAAUUUUUAUAAUAAUCAAGUUAAAUUUGAAUCUUUGAAAUUAUUUUUUGAUAAUUGGAAGGAUAAACGUGAUAAACGUCCAAUGUUAUUACAAACUAUUUCAUCAAAUAAUUUUAUUAUAAACUAUUUUAGAUUAAAAGAACAAUAUAAGGCUGAAAAAGUGAUUGAAAAAUAUGAUCAUUAUACUAGGUGUGGGCGUACUUUCGAAGAUUUUGAAUGGUCAUGA